AUUCUCAGAGUUCUUUUGAAAUUCUUUUGAUUUGAAUCGUUUGUACGCAUAAGGAAAAAGCCGUUCAUAUAUUUAAAAAUAGCAUCUGAGUGAAGCUUUUAACUGCAGUCAUGUCUUCUACAUCACAGAAACAUAAAAACUUCGUUUCUGAGCCUAUGGGCGAUAAAAGUGUCAAUGAAUUGGCUGGUAUAGGAGAAGUACUGAGUAAACGAUUAGAAGCAAAAGGCUUUGACAAGGCUUAUGUGGUUCUUGGACAAUUCUUGGUCUUGAAAAAGCACAAAGAGCUCUUCAUUGAUUGGAUGAAGGAUAUAUGCCAAGCUAAUUCUAAACAAGCUUCUGAAUGUUAUCAGUGCAUUUCUGAUUGGUGUGACGAAUUUUUGUAAAAAUUUUGCUAUUUAAUAAUUUCAUCUGUACAAAGUUUUCAUUGAUAAUGAACAUUCUUCAGUACAUUCUUUUUACUGUUUAGUUCCUUGUUCUGCUUCAUGCCAUAGUUUCCUCCUGUGGAGUAUUUUAAUCAAUUUUAACUAUAGAUUUAAAUAUUUCUUUCCCUUUUCAAUUGUGUGGUGCUUUUAUUUCAUAUUUUAAGACUAAUAGAAGGUCGGUGUUGACAGUAAUUUUGAUGCCUGUAUAAAAAUAAUGUUUUUUUAAUGCAUAUUUUCAAAGUAAUAAAUUUUAGAAAAUGAAGUAACAGUUCAUUUUCUUAAAAUUGAUUUUAAAUAUUCUUAUCUGUAUUUUUAUUAAGUUAUUGAUAUGACACUGAAUAUGAAUUCAAGCUGACAAAAAAUUAUAGAAGAAAGAAAGAAAAUACUUAAAUUCCGGUAUUUGAAAAUAGGAGAUAUAUUUCAUAUAGUUCUAUGUUGUGUUUUAUUUAUUAUGAAAGUGUUUUCUUAUUUCUUUGAAUUUUUGUAAUAUUUGAGUUCAGGGUUAUUGUUUCAGAAUUUGUUUAGCUUGUAAAGAUGGGCUUUAAUUGCAUACUGUUGGAAGGUUCUUCACCUUUGAUAUUCUAUAUUUUUGUAAUAAACAAAGUUAAAGAAAUAUAGCUUGUUUGUUCACAGUUGCAAGUUAUGUGAUGGAACGGUUGUGUAUUGCCAAUUUGUAAUGUUUUAACAUUAUCAUAUUUUGCUUAGCAAAUAGUGAAUUCCAUUUGAUAUGCAUUUACAAUAAUGAUAAACUGUAGUCCAUUGAGAAAUUACUAGUUGAAUCUGAUUUAAACUUCAGUGUACAUACAAGUGUUUGUUUUCAUGAUUUGUUAGAUUGUGCAGCUUUCUCAGUAUAUAAUUUGUAAUUAAGUUACAGCUGGCCUCUUUUUAAAAUUGUAUUUAGCAGAAAUUUCAACUCUGCUGCUGAUAUUUAUGCCUUUUAUUUCUUUUACUAUAUGUAUUAAUCUGGUAGUUUAUUUCAAUAAUAAGUUAUUGAAAGUGGCCUUCCAAUGUAUACUUGACCAUGUAAUAAAUAAUAAAGUUCAUAGUUAAAGUAUUAAUGCUGUUUAUAUAUUUUUUUUUGAAUUUUUAGUAAAUUUUGGGUAAAGGUAUUUUUUAUUUAUAAAAGGUAUUGAAUACAUUACAUAAAAUUAUAACUUCUUUUAAUCUCUCUAGAAUAUUCCAGAUAAUUCAGCUAAAAGUAUUUUUUUUCACUAAUAUGUGAAUUUUCAGUAUUUAGAAUAGAUCUUUUUGAUCAAGACUAUAAAAAAAAAAUGUCCAGGUUUAUUUCUAUCCUUGUUUUCAGUUUUUAAGCGGCUAAGAUUUGAAAUCUAAUUAAAUAGUUGUUUAAGGUUAGUGAAUUAUUUCUUUUAACAAUCCCAUUUUGAUAUGCUAGUAGCUACUUUUAUUGGAAUUUGCAAGAAUUGCCAAAUGAAUAGUAUAUGCAUAAUAUGUAAAUAAUGUUUUACAUUUCAAUGGUUAUAGUUUCUUAAUUCAGAUAUUAAAUUGAAUUUUUAUGACCUAUAAACAUUGCCAAUUUUUGAAUAUCCAUACA